AGUCUAUAAAAAAACGGGAACUGAACCGAAUAAAUAUGAGAAACCACUAAUUCCGCUUAAACGUUCUGGAACUAUUGAUAUACGUGAUGGUUAUUUAUAUAGAAUCCUCAAGAAGCAUAAAGACAAAACGUACCUCAAAUGCUGUAUGGUUAAAGAAUUCAGUUGUAAAGCCUCGUACGUUCUGGAAAAAGCAUCUAACGAAAUCGGCAUGGAUACGUACAGGUGCCUUGCGACUCACAACCAUCCAGCCAAUGAGUUAACUGUACAAUCUACCAGGUUUAUGAACGACUUAGAGCGAGCAGUUCAAAGACUUCCUGGAACAACAAAAGAUAUUUUCAAUCAUGUUAUUGAGAGGUAUCCAGACGUAAAGCAGCUUUACACAUACAGCAACGUGAUAGGAAGAAUGCAUCAUUGGCUGAAAAAAUAUCGUCGUCAAAAAAACAUAAUAGCAAAGCCAGCAUUAGAAAAGGAAUCACCUUCACAAACGCGUCUUAAAGCUUCCAAAAAACAUCAUACUGAUAUUAAUGAUAUUAUGCAUCAGGAAACAUCAGUUCAAGAUACUGCUCCUACACGAAUUAUUCAACAGGACAUCACUGAGCAUCAGGUAGAAUUAAAUGAAGACCUUGAACUCACAGAACAACCUCCAGAGCAAACCCCUCCAGGAGAAGAUGAUGCAACUAGUUAUUUGAGAUGUUCAGGUCACAGAAGUACCGGCUGCCGAGGAAGAGGUUACAUAUUGAGAGGCCAAGACGUAGAAAGUUUCGUUCUAUUAGACGAACACUGUCAUCCACCUAAUUUCUUAUUGGAAAGACGAUCGGAAAUUGCCAAGACCAUGAAAGAGUAUGCUCUUUCUGUUCCUGGAAAGCCCAUUGAAAUUUACAACAGUGUCGUUUCGAUGUAA